AGUAAGAGACUUGUUGCUAGAUGGUAUACUUCGUCAAAAGAAAAUAUAAAAUAAAACAGGAAUUAUGCUGUGCGAUCUGUUGACAAUAUGUAGUGCUUUAGUGGCGGUAGUAAUUUGCAUUAUUUCUGGCCUAAUUAUUUAUGCCCGAUGGAAUUACGGAUUCUUGGAGGAUUUAGGAAUUCCGGUAGUGAAACCCCAUUUUUUAUUUGGAAGUAUGUUCACGACCAGAUUUAUUCCGAUUGGCUACAGAGAUGUGGCGUGGAUGAAAGAAUACGGGCAAAUAUUUGGAGUAUAUGAGGGCAGAGAGCCGGCAAUAUAUGUGUGUGAUCCGGACAUAUUACGACUUAUUAUGGUCAAGGACAUAAGUUAUUUCGAUGCAAAAAUAGCUUUGGAUUUUGGUGAUCGUUUUUUAAAUGAAAUGCCAGAUUACCUACCAAACAAUAAAUGGAAAAUUGUCAGGGGAUUCACAGGCCCUGCAUUUAGCAGUGCCAAAUUAAGAUUAAUGAGUUUUCCAAUGAAAAAGUCAUUAGUGGAAUGGGGAUCUCAAUUGAAAGACGCUAUUACAACGAACGGUGGAAAGCUCGAAAGAUGUGCGUUCGAUGAUCUUUUGUUUGAUGGCUUAACCGACCUCACACUAAGAAGCAUGUUUUCCAUACAAGACAAAACUGGACGAUUUCCUCGAAUAUUGAAAAAACUAGCUAAGCCAGGGGCACUCAAUUAUCCGAACUUAAAAGCAAUCGCAUUGUCUUUUCCCGUACUUUUUAAAUUUCUACCACCUGCUCUACUCGCAACAGAACCAGCUCAAGAAUUUCUGCAUGUAAUGGAAGAUCUAGUUGCAUCUAGGAAAGUGACGAAUUCGCCUCCAGAUGUUGUAGAUCUUUGCAUUGAACAGUUAAAGAAAAUACCAACACCAGACUAUCAAAUGGCUAAAGUGACGAAAGAGACCAUCUUAUUUCAAGCGUUUAAUUUCUUCUUUUCGGGACAAGACGAAACAGCGCUUGUGAUUUCGGCCAUGAUCUAUAACAUUCUCUCUUCACCUGCAGAACAGUGCAUUGAAGAAAAACUAUACGACGAAAUUGAUAGACUGUGGGUGGAUCUGGAGGAAAGCAAUGACGAUAUACGUUUUCCAUCAAGAGACUCACUUCUUCAGGCAGAUUUUUUGAACGCGUGCAUCUACGAAGCUUUGAGGCUUUAUACGUUUUACAGCGCAGAACGUGUCUGUACCAAAUCAUGGCUAUGUGAAAAAUAUAAUUUCACAAUCCCAAAGGGUACAACAAUUAUGACACCGUUAUGGGCAAUCAACAGAAAUCCGGAUUAUUUUGAAAAUCCAGAUUUAUUCGACCCCGAGAGAUUUAUGCCUGGAAGGAAAGAAAAAUUGCAUUCGUAUGCGUGGUCCAGUUUCGGACAUGGUCCGAGAAAUUGUACCGGUAAGCCACUGGCAAUGGAAGUGUUAAGAGUCUCUUGUGCGUACAUUUUUAAAAAUUUUCGUUUUCAAUUGAGACCGGAUACACGGCUAACAUUUAAUCCGGAUGGACCGUGGGUAUUUAUUAGCCAUGAACCGAUUUAUCUUGACAUAACUGUGAGGGAAUAAAUUUGUUAAAAUAAAAUCUUAUUCCGAUUGAGCACGCAAUUCUUUUGACACCACAUGUUUUCCACUGUAGACUCAGAGUUUUUACGGUCCUAAUACCGCGUUCGCGUAUGACAUUUGUUGAAGUUAAAUUAAGGAGAUUGGCUGUCACUAGCAAGAAAUUAUGGGCGUUACACUAAAAUAUGUUUUCAAAAAGAUGGUUGAUUAUAAUCGUCUAUUUGUAUCUGCCAUUUUUGAAAUAAUAAAAUUACAAAUAGCAAGCGAGUUAAA